AUGUUCAAUUCCAGCAGCACUGAUUCCUCUUUUGUAGACUGUGGGUACCGCAAAAUGGCUCUAAGUACUAUGCAUACUGAGACACUGCUUUGGAAGAGGAUUACCUCCAACCUGCCCCCUCUGGGAAAACCAAACAGAAGUUACACGUUGUUCUACCUCAAAAUGGGUCCGAGUUCAGCUCUGGAUAACACCUUAAGUCGCCAUAAGUGUACGAAGCUUAACGCAUCCGCUUGCAUUAUGUCACGAGUUAUUUCUAACCCAAUUGUUUUCUGUGGAUGCUCAACAGAGGCGAAACUAGAUUAUCUAAAUUCUAAAGCAACUAUAAAAUAA